GCCAAUAAGUGUUGCAACCAUAGCUGCAACCUGUUGAAUAUCAUAUGAGGAUAUACUUCGAAAUGAUAUGAACAGUAUGAUAAUAAGAUGAUGUCAUGGUCUGAAUAGAAAGAAAUUUGUUGUUCAUAUCGUUGUUUGUCGUUUAUUUUAAUCUGUGCUUAUGUUGCUUGUGGAAAAAUAAGUAAUUGUGAAUGAAAUUGGUGCUUAUUCAACAGUAAAAAUAAUGGAAACACCAGAAACUCAAGUAAUUCCAAAGUGGCUGAAGGAAUUAGAAGAGAAACGAGAAAAACGACUUAAGGCACGCUUAGGGCAUGAAGCAGGAGCAGGUUCACCAUGUUUAACAUGCCAAGAAAAAUGUCCAGGUCUGGAUUUACAUUUUUGGCGAAAAAUUUGUAAAAAUUGCAAAUGUGGAAAGGAAAGUCAUGAUAUUCAUGAUGAUGAUAUUUAUGGUUGGGCUCAGCUCCAGCUGCUGGGUAGCAGACCAGAAAAACCUCGCAAAAUAGUUCUUCCUGGUCAUAAUGAAGCAGUAGAAUUGGAAUGGACCCCAAAAGGUCAAAAUGAGUUAGUUGAAUCUUAUUUAAAAGAUCUUCCACACCACUUGCUUCCAAUUAAAGGUUCUGCAGCUGCCCAAGAGCGUAAGCAACUACUUCAAAAGCAAAUUCCUUUGCAUGAUAUUGAUCCAGCAUUAUGUCAUGCUCUGUCUGAGAAUGAAGUAAAACAAAUGAAUGAAUACAUUGCUCAUGUUAAACAAAACAGUGUAGGUGUUGGACACAUAGUUAAGCUGAACCUGUUGAACAGAGGAAACAUUUACAACAUACCAAAUUCACAAGCACACUUAAUGAAAGAUGGCUUUUCUGCACAUCUUUCCAGAUCUGAAAUGGUCCAUUUAAAGAAUUCUGAUAUAUCUGGUGCCUUAAAAUCUCAGAACCUUCUUCAAACUUUAGAGGAUUUGAGAUUGAAUGAAAAAGAGUUACUUAAUCCUGUUGAGGAUCAACAAAACUAUGUGGACACAUUGAGUAAAAUUCGUACAAAAAGAGGUGAUGUAACUGGGACUGAGGCAAAUUCUGAAGGUGUUACACAAGAAGGUUUCCAAAACAAGGACAUACAACCGGCGGAUUCUUAUUUUGAAACAUCAAGAACCAAGGGACAUUCCACUACAAUUCCCCAUUAUUCCCAUAAACUUUUGCACAAUUCCCAAAAUAUCCAAAACCCAAUUAAAUUCAAUGUUACUGAUUUACAUCCCAAUAACAUUAACAUUCCAGGAAGUUUACCAAAUGCCUGCCCUGAAGUUACACCCAUGAAUAAUUCUCUCAAUACACUGAAAAAUACAACAAUAGGAGGUGUAACUGGUGCUUUUGAUGCUCAAAAUAACCCUUCAAUUUUGGGUUAUAAAAACCUACAUGGAAUUGCACAACCACAAUCUACUGCUAACCCAGUUUUGAAAAAUAAUGACAGAAACUUUAACAAUAUCCAGGAGCCUAAUUUGGCAUUAACAAAUGAACUGCCUCGAUUAUCCUAUGAAAACAUAAACAACUUAAAAGGUACCUUACCUAAAAAUUAUGCUUCCAGUAGAUACGAUACUUUUCUGGAUAACAGGGACCCUAAACUUAUUGGAGAUGUUAAAGAUAUUAAGUAUCCUUCAUACAGCAAUCAAUCGAAAUAUCCUCAUGACAAUAAUCACUAUGACCAUCAGACGCAGAAAGUACAAAUACCAAAUGUACCACUUGCUAGCAGUAAUAACGUUAAUUUCGGUCAGGACAUUUCAUCUACUCUUCCUUCUGAUCCAAAAUUCCCCACAGAAAUGUCCCGGUUAGCCUCAGAUACGAGUUAUAAACAAUCGUUGCCUUCAAAUUCCAAUGUUUGUGGAAGUGAGAAUUUGUUAUCUCCACAUCGACAAAUUUCCUCUCAACUUCCUCUAAAUUCAAUAAAAAAUUUGGGUUCAUCUAAGUCUUCUCUCCAAAACUAUCCUUCAAAUACACUAUCUGCUCAUGAUCGUGUGCAGACCAUUGGGGGUCUACCAAAUAAUCCAAUAGCCCAAAAUCCCACAGAAAAUUUCCAAGAUCCAACCUACAUAAACAUAGGUGCCAUUACCGAUAUAGAGUAUCCUGUGAACGAAAUUCGUCAGGCAAAACAAGGCUAUAAUAAGGAUAUCCCCAGGGAAAUUCCUCCUCUUCAAGACGUUUCUGAAAUAUCCCACAAUUUUCCUGAAUGUCAUCGGUGUAAAAAAAUGUUUGAGGACAACGCAAAUGCCAUUGGUAUUGAAAAAAGUGAUUCAUUGUGGCAUUCAGAUUGCUUUAGAUGUGCCGGUUGUAAUCAGAAAUUGGCAGAUUGGUGGUACUUCUUUGACAAAGAAACCAAUGAUGUUUAUUGCGGACGUGAUUACGCAAAGAUCAGGGGAAUUCCACGAUGCAAUGCUUGCGACGAAUUGAUUUUCGUUAAAGAGUAUUGUUUGGCUGAGAAUAAUACUUUCCACGUGAAGCAUUUCUGUUGCUUCCAAUGUGAUGAGCCACUGGCUGGUAAGAAUUAUGUUAUGGAAGAUGGCCAACCACUUUGUUUGCCCUGUUUCGAAAAAUUAAAGGCAGAACAUUGUAAUACCUGUAACAAAAUAAUUAAGCCUGAUCAACCCGGAGUUAACCUGAAAGGUACUCAUUUCCAUGCAGAUGAUGUCUGCUUUUCAUGCAAGACUUGCCAUAAACCUUUGCUAGGUUCAAAGUUGCUGUUUAGGAAUCAAGCUUUGUACUGUUCAACAGCCUGUGUUAGUACAGCUUAGGUAUAACAAUUGUAAACAUUUUAAGGGAUAUAUCCUGUCGUUACAAAAAUUAAGGGGGCAUUUUUUAU